AACCAGAGCUUUAUUUGCGCAAUUUCCUUGUGUAUGAGACAGAAAGAACAGAUAAUCUUCUAUGUCAUUUGUGCUCUGGUAAAGAUGAGGGGUGAGAUGCUGGUGCAGUUGUUGGUAUUUCUAGAAUUUCUUCAUCAUGGGAGCCUGAAUGAGAACUGGGGUGUCAUAUACCCACCAUCUACAUGUGUUAUCAAAGGAUCAACAGUCUCUUUCCGCUGUACUUAUAAAUAUCCCAGUGGCAAUACAGUGGCAGAAAUGUUUUGGUGUAAAGAUUCUGAUGAUUGUAAAACACCACCGUAUGUUUAUGACAGCAACGAUAAAACCAUCGGCACUAAUGAAUUCAUUUACAUCGGUGACCGAACAAACAACUGCACACUGCAGAUCAGGAACAUUAAUGAUACGCAUUCUGGAGAGUACACGUUCAGGUUUGUAACUCAUCCUCAGGAGAAAUGGACUGGAUCUCCGGGUAUGUCCAUUCAGGUCACAGCGCUGAAGCUCUCUGUGACCAGACUGAAAGGAAAUGGAACCAUAAAGGAUGGUGAUUCCUUCAAUCUGACCUGCAGUGCAAACUGCACCUUCAACUUGUCAGAGAUCUCCUGGUUUAAGGACGACGUGAAACUUGCAGGAACUGGCCCUGUGCUUCUUCUGACUUCUGUCACCUACAGGGACUCUGGCAACUACACCUGUCGCUGGAGAGGAGGAGGACACAUGUCCCAGGCUUUUAAGCUGGAUGUUGAAUACGCGUCGAACAUAUUUCUUGCAGUCGGUGGAGUGUGUUUUGCUGUUUUUGUAGCCAUUGGAAUAUUAGUCAUUAUCAGCAUCAAGAGGAGAAGGACAGAGGUUAUUGUCACAGGAGAUAACAGCAGCCAAAGCGGCAAGACUAUGGGACAUGUUGACUCUGAUAAUCAAAAUGAGAAAUUUGAGGAAGAGGACAAUGAUCUGCAGUAUGCGUCCAUCUCUAUCAAGCCCAAGACAAAUCCGAAGAGGUGCAAACAAGGAGACCAGCAGAAUAAUGAGGAUUCCGUGAUCUACAGCUCAGUCGCAAGAUAAUUCAUCAGGUGUUCAUUGCCAUCAAGGCCGUAACAUUUUACUUAGCCAAAUAUGGCUUAGCAGUGAAUGGUUGCUCCUUUAGCUUUCACAUGCAAGUCAUUGCAAUGAUUUUGAAAUAAUGUAAGAUAAACAGUCCUAUUAAAAUAAAAUAAGUACUGAAA